AUGGGUUCCCAAUCCUCAAAGAGCUCCAAGGCCACCAAUCCCGAGGGCAAGCCACGGUACUGGUACCGAGACAACUUCUUCCUCACAAACGACAAGGCGUAUCUCGAGCCCCAGGCCGUCAAUGCCGUCUUCGAAUCAGACCUCAUGUGGUGGAACGACCCGCUGCCAGAGCAGCAGAUGCGCAAGAUGCUGUCCAAUUGCAUGACGAUGAGCAUAUAUCAUGUCCCCGAGUCGGAGAAACAGAUGCAGAGUUCACCAUAUGGCUCCGAUGUAAAACUCGUCGGCCUUGCUCGUGUCGUAACCGACUACGUCACAUUCGCCUAUCUCACCGACGUCUUCAUCAUCGAGGAGUUCCAGAGACGCGGACUCGCCAGUUGGAUGAUGCAAGGCCUCAAAGAAAUCGUCGACGAAUGGCCCAACCUGCGAGGCCUCGUCCUCAUGACACAUGACCAGUCCGCCGCCAAAAUGUACCAGCGCGAGCUGAAAGCCCUUGACUGGGACCAAGGUCCAUCUGCGGGCUUGGUGCUGCUGGAGAUGCCGGGCGGCGGAGUCAAGGACAUCCCAGAGGAUCACAAAUGA